AUGAACCAGUUUGGUAUUCCAACAGAGCAUGCCCAGUAUGAGGCUAUCCGGGAACAGGUCCGUCCCCUGUUCCACCUGGCUGUUGCCGAUCUGGGCCUGGCCUUUUGCUGGUUGGUGGGGGCAAUUCUGUGGAAUAUCCCCUUUGAUGGAGUGGGGUCUGUGGGAUUCCGUGUCUGCACUGUGCUCCAGGCCGUCACUGAGAUGUUUAAUGUCAUCAGCUUCUUCCUUACUGUCAACUAUGCACUGAACGUGUACCUCAGGUUAAAAGACAGACUCAACAGAGCGCAUAAGCUGACCCUGUUGCACACAAUGACAUCAAUGAAAUGGGUAAUGAGACUGUUUUAUGUCAUUUCGUGGUUACUACCCAUCGCUGUCAUGACACCAGUGGUUGUGGUGUAUAACCAUCUGAGAGCUCAAGACCCAUGUACUGAAUGUUUGGUACUGUUUUUCAAGCCUUCUGUUCAAGGGAACAAUGGGUCCUUUGAGUCCUGGUCAUGGGCACAUUACGGUGCAAUCUUCUUUGUCAUAUCGUUAGUGCUGAGCAUGAUGGCCAUUGUGACAUUCUACGCCAUGUCAGCGCUAUUGUACAGGCAGCUCAUGAAGAAGAACGUGUGGACCAACAAGCAGCGCAAAGCUCUGAUCGAGCUGUGCAAGCGAAUCUCCCUCUACAUAUCGGUCUUCAUCAUCUGCUGGAUCCCUGCUCUGGUCUUGAAUAUUAUGGAUCUUCAGUCCAAAGAAGGAGUGUCCUUAAUUACAUAUGAUUGGCUGUACGUCCUGCAGGGAGUCACAGCACCUAGUCAAGGCUUCUUGAACUGUAUCAUCUACGGCUGGACUCGAGCCACCUUCCGCCUGGCCAAGUCUCCACAGGACAUGCGGCCCAUCCUGCGGCAGUCCUACCGCAUCUAUGGCACGGCCAGGUUCCCUAAGGCCCCAGUCUCGAGGCAGCACACCACCCAGUCAGCUGGCUCAGAGUUCUCUGAUGACACCUCAACUGGCGGGAAUCCUGUGUCGGCCGUGGAGGUCCAGUCUCCAUGAGCACAGAGGCUUAGCAGAUCAUGGCUACCAAACGGAGGGGCUACCCCCAGGGCCGGAUGGUCAGGGUUUUGUGACCCACGGUCACAGGGUUCCAGACUUGUCCAAUCCAGCAGCUGGUUACAUGCUGUGACCUUGCGCAAGUCACCUUUAUCCCCAACUUGCCUCUCUCCACCCAGGAGUGUAUGAUGAUAAAGUUAAGGCUUGUUACCGUGGCAAAAACUAUCGCCCAAAACCAAGCCCUAGCUACAAAAUACUCAAUUUUGAAAAUUUUAGAAAGUUCAUCUUUACUCGCAAUCACUUUUUGUACAGCAGUUUGAAAUGAAACAAUGAAAAGUUACUUAUCUCGGCCAUUUUUUAGACCAGUGUAAAUAAAUACCUUUAUGCCCACUAUUGCCAAUUACUUAUGCAUUACUGAAAUGAUAUAAAUAUCAUAGCAUAUUAAUCACUAGCAUAUUGUAAUUGAUGAAUUCAUAGCUUUUGAAAAAUAUAAAAGUCAUAUUUUAUAGGUGAAGUGACUUUUUAAUAUACAAGCCAACACGUAAUUUGUAAAAAGGUAAAUGUGUCUUUUUAGAUAUUUAAUUAAGUAUAAUUGUGCCAAAACCACUUUCAUUUAUUUUUGGUAUAUUACUUUUCAUUUAAGUGUAGAAAGAAAUAUUCCAGUGCAAUAACAAAUGCUCAACAGUGAAAACCAAAAUGCAUUGAAACAGUUGUUGAAAAAUAUCCCAGCAAUAAAUAAUCCCUCCUUGACAAACUGCAGAAAUAGUUCCAAUGGGCAAACCUUGCCCGCAGCACGUGCUUACAAAUAGAAUUAACAUUACCAUGCAGAAGAUUUUAAGAAGUGGUAACAGCUGAAGCAAAACCUAACAAGCGUGAAAGUGUGCUUUUCAAAGUUCCAUAUUACUCGUCCAAGACUGUACAGCUGAUCUCGUGUACAUUAUUUAUAUGGUUAGGUACAUGUAUUUUACGAAUAACAUCAGGCUUGUUAUUUUUCCUGUUUCAAAAGGAUUAUAGGAUUUUUUCUCCUUCCAUUUCCUAUUAUUUCCUUCAUUGUCAACAUUCUGUACUUCAGUUUACUGAUGGGGGGGUGGUCUGCAGAGAACUUUCUCCAACUUUUUUUCCAGGGUCAUACAUCAUGUCAGUAAUGUAUUUUUGUGUAUAAAUUACAUGUAGUUCUUAUGCAAGUAGAAGUUCAAGUCUUAUGUCUUGACAUGCUCGGGAACAUGUUCUAUUCAAGUGAUGUUUUGUUCUGCCUGUCAUAAAUGUAGAAAGCCAUUUGACUUCCGUUUUUAGCUGAUCUGAUUGAGGAAAAGGGUAAUUUAGAAACAUGGAAGAUUGUGUGUUUUUCCUGACAAACGAGGGCACUGUUGCUGUGACGUAAUUUCAGGAAGGAUCCAGAACUGUUCAUUUUCACAACUCUCUGUAUAAAAGUAUAAAACCGGAAUUUAUGUAUUAGAAGUAUCUGUAAGAAAACCUUGCUCAUUAGCCAACUGUGGAGGCUGAAAGAACAGUGAAUCACCCAACACAACAUUGGACAGUAAAUCUAAAAUAAUAUGGAAAUAAAUAUGCAAAUUGUACUAGCAUAGAAACUUAAAACUCAUCAAAACACCCUUAAAAAUGGCAAAACAAAAGAAAUUUAACAUUCAAGAAAACACAAAGAUGCGUAUAGAAGGGUUGCACUGAAAAAAAGACAUUGAAUGGCCUUUUAGUAGGAAGUAUACUUGAAAAUGCAAAACGUUUUUUGUGCCUUUUAAAAGUUUUUCGUUAUUUUGAGUUUUGUAUUAAAUAUACACUAAAUCCUCAAGAACAUGGCAA